AUGCAUGCUAACUUCUUUGGAGGAAAAAUCCCACCUUCUUUGGCUUCAUUGAAAAGCAUUAAGCAUUUGGAUAUCUCAAACAACAAGUUGACUAGAGAGAUACCGAGAGAACUCCAAAAGCUCCCUUUCUUGGAAUAUUCGAACAUUUCUUUCAAUGAUCUAGAAGGCUUUGAUUUCAUGGGUAAUGAAUUCAAAGCUCUAGUUUAUAAGUUUAUGGAGAAUGGGGACCUUGAUACGUGGCUACAUUCGCAUUCAGAUGAUAGAGGGAGAAAUAUUCUGACUGUUCUUCAAAGGUUAAACAUUACAAUUGAUGUAGCUUCAGUGUUGCAGUAUCUACACAAUGAUUGGUGA